AUGAUGAUGAGUAGUAAUACUACAGGCAACAUUACUGAAGACGAAACAAUGAAUGAAUCAGAUAAUCGUAAAAGUUUUCUUAUAUCAAGUCUUUUGUCUGCAGCAUCAUCUGCUGAAUCAAUACUUGAAACUGAAGAAGAUGAUGAUGAUGAUGAAGACGAUGGUAUUGAUGAGAAUGAUGUCGACGACGAUGAUGAUCAUGAAAUGGUUAAAGAAAUGGAACAUGAAGAAAAUAAUAAUAAUAAUAAAAAAAUGCAAAUUGAUUCAACACAAAUCCCACAUCGAGCUUUUCCAAAAACAUCUCCAACAUCAAUGAUAUUUCCACGUUUAAUGUCUUCAAAUGAUUUUUCAUAUCUUUAUUAUCUUAGUUAUCAUUAUUUUGCCAUGCAAAUGUCAAAAAAUGGUCAAAUAUCAUCAUCACCAUCAUCACCAUUACCUUUAUCAAAUCCAUCAUUAAUUAAUACAAGUAUAGAUUCAAUGAAAAAACCUUUAAAAUCAUCUUAUCCAUUAACACCAACAUCUUCAUCAUGUUCAUCAUCACCAUCAUCACCAAAUCUUACUACCAUUACUACGACAACAACAACAACAACAACUCUAAAUUCAAAUACAAAUAAUUCACGUUAUCAAUGUGAUGGUUGCUCAAAAUCUUAUUCAACAUUUGGUGGUCUUUCGAAGCAUAAGCAAUUUCAUUGUGUGGCACAAAUUAAAAAACAAUUUCAAUGUAAAUUUUGUGAAAAAACAUAUAAUUCAUUAGGUGCACUUAAAAUGCAUAUACGUACACAUACAUUACCAUGUAAAUGUAAAAUUUGUGGUAAAGCAUUUUCACGUCCAUGGCUUUUACAAGGACAUGUACGUACACAUACAGGAGAAAAACCAUUUCAAUGUGAAAUAUGUUGUCGUGCAUUUGCUGAUCGGUCGAAUUUACGUGCACAUAUGCAGACACAUUCGGAUAUUAAAAAAUACCGGUGUACAAAUUGUUCAAAAACAUUUUCACGUAUGUCAUUACUUAAUAAACAUACGGAAAAUUGUUUACAACAACAACAUCAACAUGCAACAACAGCAUCUAUUCAUUCUUCAACUGAUGAUUGUACCAGUACAUCAAUGAUUGUGCCUACUGCAUUUUCAAUUUGA